UCCCCCUGCGAGCAUGCUGGCACUCUGCCAUCUGCGCUCUGCACUGGCCCGCCCACUCCAAUUUCCCGCCCAGACUCGACCUGUCGAAAACCCGUCUAAUUUUUCUUUGGGUGCUUUCUCUGAUCUUCCUUCUCGUCCAGCCCAACCACUAACCACCAAGCCGACAACCCGCGCCGUCGCCGACAAACCGACAAAAUGGCCCCUACUGUUCCCACCAAGGACCAGGUCCUGGUCCCCGAGACCCUCCUCAAGAAGCGCAAGUCUCAGGAGAAGGCUCGCGCCGAGAAGGCCACCGAGAUUGAGAACAAGAAGAAGGCCAACAAGGAGAAGCGCACCGUCAUCUUCAAGCGUGCUGAGAAGUACGUCAAGGAGUACCGCGAUGCGGAGCGUGAGCAGAUCCGCCUGCACCGCGUUGCCAAGCAGGAGGGCCACUUCCACGUCCCUGCCGAGGAGAAGCUCAUCUUCGUCGUUCGCAUCAAGGGUAUCAACAAGAUUGCCCCCAAGCCUCGCAAGAUCCUCCAGCUGCUGCGCCUGAUCCAGAUCAACAACGGCGUCUUCGUCCGUGUCACCAAGGCCACCAUGGAGAUGAUCAAGAUUGUCGAGCCGUGGGUCGCCUACGGUUACCCCAACCUCAAGAGCAUCAAGGAGCUCGUCUACAAGCGCGGCUACGGCAAGGUCAACAAGCAGCGUGUCGCCAUCACCGACAACGCCAUCAUUGAGGAGAACCUCGGCAAGUACGGCAUCGUCUGCGUUGAGGAUCUCAUCCACGAGAUCUACACUGUCGGCCCCAACUUCAAGCAGGCCUCCAACUUCCUCUGGCCCUUCAAGCUCAGCAACCCCACUGGUGGCUUCCGCCCCCGCAAGUUCAAGCACUUCAUCGAGGGUGGUGACCUUGGCAACCGCGAGGACAAGAUCAACAACCUCAUCCGCCAGAUGAACUAGUUCUACAAACGUUCUAGCUCUGUUUGCGUUGUCGAGGUCUUUGUUUUUCAUGAGAUGACCAUGAGGUUUGGGUUUGGGUUUGUCUAUGGUACAGCUGGGAAGGAACAAAUCACCUUCUUGCAUGGUUGAUCGGCGUUAUUGCACAAAAAGCCCUAGGCAUCGGAAAUGCUGGCAAUGAAUUGAGAUUCUUUCAUGACCUACCACCAUGGCCCUCUCCAUUGAAUGACAACAAUAGUUCCUCCAUCUAU